ACAAUAUGGGACUAGUGCUUGUUUUCUGAGAACGAGGUUAAUAUAAAAUAAGAUGUUUGAAGCACAAGAAAUUAACGCUGAACAUAAAGAUCUUAUCCACGAUGUUGCUUUUGACUUUUAUGGCGAGCGCAUGGCCACGUGCUCCAGCGAUCAGUAUGUUAAAGUUUGGGAUCAGAGUAGCGACGAAAAAUGGUCGCUAACGUAGAGUUGGAAGGCUCACAGUGGUUCUGUUUGGAAAGUAACAUGGGCUCAUCCAGAAUUUGGUCAAGUACUUGCUACAUGCUCAUUUGAUCAUACUGCAGCAGUUUGGGAAGAAAUUGUUGGUGAGACUCCUGGACCAGGUGAGAGACAUUGGGUCAGAAGAACAAAUCUGGUUGACUCCAGGACUUCUGUUACUGAUGUUAAGUUUGGUCCAAAAAGUCAAGGUUUACAGCUUGCAACAUGCUCUACUGAUGGGGUUAUUAGAAUCAAUGAAGCACCAGAUGUGAUGAAUUUAAGUCAAUGGCCACUUCAACAUGAAGUGCAAUGCAAAUUAUCAUGCAGUUGCUUAAGUUGGAAUCCAAGUUUAUCAAAAAUGCAUCCACAAAUGCUAGCUAUGGAAAGUGACGACGCAAACUCGGCCAACGGUGGAAAGGUGUUAAUAUUUGAGUAUAGCGAGACCAGUCGUAGGUGGACGAAAACUGAAACUUUAAACAAUAUCACAGAGCCUGUCCAUGACCUUGCAUUUGCACCAAAUUUGGGUAGAUCAUUCCAUAUUCUAGCUGUAGCAUCAAAAGAUCUUAAAAUUAUCAACUUGACACCAAUCAGUGACAAUGCAAGCAUUCAGAGUGGUUUAUCUCGACUUGAUAUGCAACCAGUUGGACAUUUUGAAGAUCACAACAGUACAGUGUGGAGAGUGUGUUGGAAUGUUACUGGAACAGUUGUAGCAUCAAGCGGUGAUGAUGGAAAUGUUAGAAUGUUUAAAAUGCAUAGCAUAAGCACAUGGAAGCCGGUUGCAGUUUUAAAAGGUGAUGGAUCCCAAGUGCCUAACGAUAGCCACCGCAACUCGGUGGUUUCCACAAACACGCAGGGAAUGUCACUUUGGGUGUUUGUAUAUACUGCCGCAUUAUUUUAUUUCCUUCUUUUAUUUUACUCCUUUCUGUUUAUGUACAUUGACAGUCUUUUGUUAUUUUUUGGGGAGUAAAACAAUUCUACAUGUAUUUUAAUUUUUCUACAAAAAACAUCCACAUGCGAGUAUCAUACAAAAAUAUUCUUGAUGAAAAUGUGUUCAAUUCUAAAUUGUCCAUAAUUUUGUUACAUAAACAACAACACACUGUUAUUAAACUGUGAAAUAAAUUUGAAAUUUAAUGA